UUCCCUUUCGGGCCGUGUCAAGCGGCGGCGGCGUGGGGCGCGGCGGCGGCCUCCUCGCGCCGGGCAGCCGUUAGCGGCCGUUGGCAGCCGUUAGGGGGCUCCGGGGCCCUCAGUCAGUCAGGGCCGCGCCGCCGCCGCCCGUUCGUCAGCCGUUAGGAGCGGCCCCGCCGCCGCCAUGGCGGAGACGGAGGAGCGGAGCCUGGACGACUUCUUCGCCAAGCGGGACAAGAAGAAGCGGAAGGAGCGCAGCAGCCGGGCCGCCGCCGCCGCCGCCUCUUCCUCCAGCGCCGCUGCCUCGCACAACGCCGCCGGGGCGACCGCGGCGGCCCAAGGUCCCCGCCCGGCUGACGGUGGCGGCGGCAGCUCCAACGCCGCCUCCUCCGGCGCCGCCGGCGGCUCGGCCAAGAGCAAGGAAGAGGAUGACUGGAAGGAGUUUGAGCAAAAGGAAGAAAUUGAUUAUAGUGGUCUUAGAGUUCAGUCCAUGCAAAUAAGUGAAAAAGAAGAGGAUGAAAGUGAAAAAAGAGAAGAACCUGGUGACAACUGGGAGGAAACCAGUGGUGGUGUAGAUAGAUCAUCUGGGCCUUGGAACAAGUCAGCUCCUGCACCGGCACCUGUUGUUGAAACAAUUGUUACAGAACCCCCCGAACCAGUUCAAACUGGUGGUGUAUACAGGCCGCCUGGCGCCAGGGAGGGCGGCAGGCCACGGAGAGCACAGCAAGGACCACCUGAAAUCUAUAGCGAUACGCAAUUCCCAUCGCUGCAGUCCACUGCCAAGCUUGUAGACAGUCGAAAGGAUAAAGAAAUGGAGAAGAGCUUUGAAGUAGUAAAACACAAAACUAGAGCCUAACAUCUUAUUCGCUUUCUUGACUGCAACUACACAUUGAGCAGAUGUCUUCAUCAAGCUGUCCAUGGUGAUGCCUAGAUCGUCCCCUUGAAAGAUCACAACUAAUUCAGAAUCCACCAGAGCAUGUAUGAGUGGUUUAAAGCCUUUCCAGUAUUCAUUGCCUUGUUUUUUUUUUCCUGUUGACAUCCAUUUGCCACUAUUUGCCGAGUUUACAGUUAGCUUACCCCGGCAAUCACCAUCUUUCCUAGUGCUGACAAGCCUACUAAUUUUCUAUGGGCAUUGGAUUUUGCCACCCUAUAUGCUGAAGUCUUCAGUUUCAUGUAUAUAAUUCACUCUUCUUACCAGUAACUAGCAUGGCAUACUAACUUUUACUCACUCUGACCUUUUCUGUUUUGUUUCUUGUCUAUCUUCUGUAUUGCAUUUUUUUCUAGCUCAGUUGUUACAGCAUUGAAGUCAUCAAGUUAUAACUGUCUGCUUUAGUUCAAAUAAUAUGCCUACAGAAAAGUGUUAGUUAAAAUGUUGUCAUGUUUUUCUUUUAACUAAAACAAGUAACUUAUUCUGUAUCUCUUUCAGAAUAUGUACAACAAUAACAAAAUGAUUCAAACCAUAAAAACAGGCUGAUAAAAAGAGAACAUGCAAUGACAAGCAGCUAAAGUGCAUAUAAGCUAGGCUCUGGGAGAUCCGAUUUAAUUGGUUUCAGUGGAGUUACUCCUUAUUUCUGUCACUGGAGAUGAGUUUCAUUAAGUGAGAUCUCAAAUGAAGUUCUAAAGUCUAGAUACAGCAGCCAGAAUCAAGCGCAAGAGAGAAAAAGCCCUACCGCAGACUUGUUUUAAAUUUCUGGGUUACUCUUUGUUUCUGGCAGAGUUGAAGCAAAUGUCUUACUUGCUCUGGCCAGCGAUCAAAAGGGCUCAAGCACGCCUGAUAUAACAUACCUGCUGUAAUAUCAAACUGGACAUUGAAAUUAGAUAUUUGAGAUGAAGGCAGUGCAGCAACACUGGGGGGCAGGCUUAGUCUUUGUGGUUUGUUUCAUCUCUUUACACUCUCAUCAUGUACUAUAAAGAUCAUCCAGCUGUAAAUAAUGCUAAGUCUCUAAGUACUGACAGCGUUUACCAGUAAUGCUACAUUUGUGAACACAGCAGAGGUGGUAUAACAGAGGACUCAAGCCUGUUAGGAUGUACAGCCUACCUCUUACCAGCUGUAUUGUCUCAGUAUUGGACUACUAUCAUACAAAACAGCUGCUUUCUGCUACUAACAGUCUCUGAGAGGACUAUACCUUGGAUUUUGCUUUCAAAUAAAUUGUAGGUUAGGUAUUCAAUCUGUAGUGCUUACUAGGAUUGCCAAAAAUGAUUGUGGCUGCUAGGGGUUAUCAAGUUUACAAAUUGGAGGUGAAGUUGUGGGUUUUUUUUCCAAGCCCUCUGAGAGCAGAGGUAGAACAGAUGUAGCAAUACCCUUUGUCAGAAUGUAGUACUUCGUACCUCUUUCUACACAUCUUAAAAGACUUAGCUGUGCUGCUACCACAGACCAGAGCCCUGUGUGUUAUUUACUGACCAGUCAGCACCCCCCGACUGGCUGGUUCUCUGACUGCACUGUGUCCUUAACCUGGCAAUUAGGUAGAAGGCAAACUGUCUCUUUAAGCUGGCAUGACUGUUUCUAUGUAAUUGGCUCUGCUAUUCUUUUUCCUGCAACUCAGAGGACAGCAAAAAUCUCUCAAGUAUUUGACCUUUUUUUCCACUGUAAUAUUCCCCUUUUUUUUUAAUUCAGCUAUGCUGCUAUGCCAAGGAGCUCUAGCCAGGUGCUUUGAAUUAUUCACCAUUUAUUUAGAAAGCAGAUCUGUAAGCAAGAACUCAUGAGUCUUGAUCAGGCUAUAUUCCUUCAGUCAGGGCUCCAGCACCACAACUGCAGCUCUACAUCUGUUGUAAAAUGCUUAGCAAGUAAGUGUGAUAUCCUUGAGUGCUGAGGAAUUUAAACCUAGAUCAUCCAAGGCUCUGUGAGAGCCUCAUUUGAAUAGAAUACAGCAAAAUGAAAGGAGUAGCACAGCCCAACUGUUUUACCGUGAUCAGCGAAAAGGAAUAGGGUUGCAGGACUGGUAGCCUGUCAGCUCAAAGAGAACUGUCUGAGUUGGAUAGCAAUCAGCAUGGUCUAGCCUCUAGGGUUUUUGUUUUUUAAUAAAGAGAUGAUGAGUGAAGAAUAGUGAAGAAGACGCACCAAUAAAUGAACGAAUAGGGAACUGAAUUUGUGUUCAACGAUGUACCAGAAUGCCUCACCACCAGAGUUAACCUGAAGUAACGAAGAUAAAGCCCUUGGAAUGAUUACGGUAGAGUACAAAAGAAAGAACGAUACUGUCUAGCUGGGAAAAGGGUUGGCCGGGAGCCCGUUCAGCACAGCAGGAACCGCAUCAGCAAAGUGGAGUACAACAGGAUCUAUUUCUGAGAAUCACUGUGUGGCCUCCCACAGUUAACACAGGAACCUAAUGAUGCCUGUAUAUUUAUAUAAUUAUAUCUUUAUAGUCAUAAUUUAAGUUCAAAACCUGAACUAUAUAUAUAUAUAUUUUUUGUCAGUAGAUUUUUUUACCCUGGUUUACCUAUCAUGGCUUCUGCAUAUGACAACUUCUAAUUGUGCAGUGCACACACCUGUUGUCUUUUUGUCCCAUGUUAGAGUAAUGGUAUCAAACUGUAAAGCACUUUUGUGAUGUUUCCUGUGAAGAAAGCUGAAGAAAAUAAAUUUAUCUUAGCAGCAGCAACUGAAUUUAUAACUCCA